AUAGAGAAUGAAAAACUAUGAGUAACAGAAUGUGGAUCAUCAGCAAGAAAACCACAUUAAUGACGACUGCUUCUAUUCUGAACUGAAGCUGUGUCCAAGAGGCUUUACCUGAGAUCACACUUGCAAGCAGAAGUCAUUACUUGUGUUGUGAAGCAAUAGCGAGGUUCAGAAAUGCAAGCUGUCUAUGAAGAUAGAAGAUUUGAUCACUGCAAAAUGGACAGUAGUGAUAACUAUCACUCUCCAACAGACACAGUGAAUGAUAUUUAUGUCACUAUAGAAGACUGUCGCUCAGAGCUGAAAAAUUCAGAUAUCUCUGACCACAAUGAGCUGAAAGACAAGAAGAAACCAGGAAAGAUCUUCAGAUCUGCUUUUGAUCUCCUAAUACUUGGUGUUUUAUUAACACUCUGUGUUGUAGGGAUCCUUUAUCACUACAAAGUGGUUUCAUAUGAGAUAUUAAGUGACCAGUAUUCUAAUGUUACUGAAACAUUGAUGACGCAGGAACAUGAAGCCAAGGAGAUAGAAAAACUGUAUGAAGCACUGAAGGUGAAGCAUCAGCAAGUUCAGGAAGAUCUCGCUGCAUGCAGUGCAAAUAAAAACAUUGGACAAUGUGAGGAAGGAUGGAAGUCUCUUGGUUUAAAGUGUUACUACUUCUCCAGUUUUAAACUGAACUGGAAACAGAGUCAAGAUUACUGUGUGGAGAAAGGAGGCCACAUGGUGAUUAUAACCAGCCAAACUGAACAGAAUUUUGUAGUUUCACAAAUUGGAAGAGAAACACACUGGAUUGGUUUACAUGACUUGGAGACUGAAGGACAGUGGAUGUGGGUGAACAACCAGACCUUAAUGGAGACAGGUGUAACGUUCUGGUUUAGUGCUCCAGAGGGACCAAAUGAGCCUGAUAACUGGAAAGGGGAGGAUCCUUCUGGAGAGAAUUGUGCUGCUCUGGGGGAUGCAAAUGGUAACAUACAUACAUGGUUUGAUUCUUCUUGUAGUACAAUCAAAAAGUGCAUCUGUGAAAAGUAAAAGACUUUUCACUUACAUUUGAGUCUGUAAAUACUUGUUUUUA